CUCUUGUCGUCUUUUUACGCACUACUUUUUCAAUGGCAUGUGGGGGAAUUGAAGGGGGCAUGCAGGAUGAAAGGUGAGAAAGUGGUGUGACACCAAAAGCUGGUUCAAUUAAACAAAUGAUGAAGAAGGAAGAAGAAGAAGAAGAGGCGAUUAAGCGUGUAAUGAUAAAUAAAGGAGAGUCUUCAAGUGUCUGAUGGCUCAGAUUCAAUACAAGUUCAACCUGUCUGCUGCAAACAUGCAGUCAAACCCAAAAUGCAUCAGUGUUAUUAUAGUGAAAGGCUCAUCUCACACAUACAUGCUGCCACCAGCAGGUAUUUCAGGUGCAGCUUAAGUCAAAUGAAGUUAAUUACUUUUAAUUGAUCUGAACAAUUCCCAUGUGAUGAGUUUGCUAAUUAGAAUAAAUAUUCCAGAAUAUGAAACUAAUGAGUUUGAAACAAAACAGCCGAGGUUAAAAACACUCCGCGCGCAUAAUAAAUAAAGAUAUAUGAGAUGCGUUUCCUCCUUCAAACAGGGUGGGAUUUUUUUUUUUUUUUUUAAAGUCGUCUGCGUGCUUGGUGCCCAAUGCGCAUGCGCCAGUGGCACUUUCACUACCUGCCACACACAAGCCUGUAUUUCACAUGGGGCAAGCUGGAGUUCUCAUCCACUUGCGUAAAAGCUGCUGCUGCUGCUGCUGACAGACUCAGAGGACAAGAGGAAAAACAAGACAGCAGGGUGUUUUUUUCCCUUCUUCUUUCUUUGCUAAAGGCUGUAUCACCGGUGGAUGCCACCAUGGAGCAGAAAACAUAAAGUCGAGCAUUCAUAAGGACGCAGCAACUUGUACUUUACUGAAGAUAUUCAUCGGUGGGAUGAAGAACUGAAGUCUUAAACGAGUUUGUGCCAAAACAUGUCUAAACCAAUGGAUCACGUCAAACGCCCAAUGAACGCCUUCAUGGUCUGGUCCAGAGCCCAGCGCAGAAAAAUGGCUCAAGAAAACCCGAAAAUGCACAACUCCGAGAUCAGCAAGCGACUAGGAGCCGAGUGGAAACUUCUCACGGAGUCCGAGAAGAGGCCGUUCAUCGACGAGGCAAAGCGACUGCGAGCGAUGCACAUGAAGGAGCACCCAGACUAUAAAUACAGACCAAGGCGGAAGCCCAAGACUCUGAUGAAGAAAGAUAAGUUUUCCUUCCCGGUGCCGUACAACCUCGGAGAGCACGACGCGCUCAAAGUCAGCGCGCUUUCCGCCGCUGGACUUUCGGACUCCUUCAUGGGUCAUCCGGACAAAGCAGCAGCGGCCGCGGCUGCAGCAGCUGCGAGGGUUUUCUUCAACCCGUCCAUGACGAACCCAUACUCCUUUUUCGACCUGGGAUCCAAGAUGACUGAGCUUUCGCCGCCUUCGUUUCCAUACGGGUCUCCGCUGGGCUACGCGUCCAGUGGUGCUGCAGCGUUCGCCGGAGCUGGAGUCGGUGUCAGUGCCGGCACGCACUCCCACACGCACUCCCAUCCGUCUCCUGGAAACCCGGGCUACAUGAUCCCUUGUAACUGUACUGGCUGGCCCUCUGCAGGACUUCAGCCUCCCUUAGCAUACAUCCUGCUCCCUGGGAUGGGAAAACCUCAACUUGAACCGUACCCUGCAUAUGCUGCAGCGUUAUGAUAAUAAGGCCCGAAGCUUUUGGACUUCUUCUUCUUCUUCUUCUUCUUCUUCUUCUGAGAAAUGAAAAUGUGAAAACAAAAAACAAACAAAAAAAGCUAUUCAUGCAAGAGUUUUAUUAUGCAUGCACAAAACUUGUACAUGUGAUGAAAGUGCUCGUAGUCUCAAGAUAUCACAUGUGUAUGUAUAUUGAUUAAUGCCUUUAUCUAUAAGGUAACUGCUUAUUUGGAGAACUCUCUAAUCUUAUUAUCACCUCCACCUCUAAAAGGACUGAAGGAUGGCACAAAAUGCAACACAUUUUGUGAAAAAAAACCCACUUUGAAAAGGUACACUAAACUCGAUUUCUAUCUUUUUUUUUUGCAAAGUUGCACCUGCUUUGACUAACCUGUUGGAAUCAAGGGCAGCAUUAUUAUAACAAUGAGCAUAUUAAUCACAGGAUCUCCUCUCAGAUAACUUGUACAUGUGAUGAAAGUGCUCGUCGUCUCAAGAUAUCACAUGUGUAUGCAUAUUGAUUAAUGCCUUUUAUCUAAGGUAACUGCUUAUUUAGAGAACUCUCUAAUCUUAUUAUUACCCAACCAUCACCUACAGGACUGAAAGAUGGCACAAAUACAACACAUUUGAGAGCAUUUUGUGAAAAACCCAUUUUAAAAAAAGGUACACUAAACUCGAUUUCUAUCUUUUUUUUGCAAGCUUUGACUUACCUGUUGGAAUCAAGGGCAGCAUUAUUAUAACAAUGAGCAUAUUAAUCACAGGAUCUCCUCUCAGAUAAGUUUCAUACAUGUGUAUGUAUAUUGAUUAAUGCCUUUUAUCUAAGGUACAUGCUUAUUUAGAGAACUCUCUAAUCUUAUUAUUAUUAUUACCCAGCCAUCACCUACAGGACUGAAGGAUGGCACAAAUGCAACACAUUUGAGAGCAUUUUGUGAAAAAAAAACAUUUUAAAAAAGGCACACUAAACUGGAUUUCUAUCUUUUUUUUGCAAAGUUGCACCUGCUUUGACUAACCUGUUGGAAUCAAGGGCAGCAUUAUUAUUACAAUAAUCACAGGAUCUCCUCUCAGAUAACUUGUAAUUCAUGGAUCAAGGAGGAUUUAUCACAACAUUUCUCUCCCCUCUCUCUCUUUGAAUGACUGUAAAUGUGUACAGAUAAAAACGACUCUAGUUUAUUUGCCGUUAUAGGCUUAGUGUUUUUGAGAUAUAGGGCCAGGACACCUAAAACGCAUUUCACUAGAGAUGCGGUGUAUAUUUUGAGUUUUUAAACCGUUUUAUAGAUGUCUGUAAUAUUUAUUGUUUAGUGGAAUCUAUGGUGAAACCCAGACAAUUUACAAAAAGGACAAGACUAGUUCUGUAAUAUUUUGCACAUGAAACGUAGAGGAUGUAAUUUAUUUUGAAGGUUUGAUUCAUCAAACCAGUUUUUCUUUUCUUUCUCUCUCUCCUCUCCAAAACAGUUAAAAAAAAAAAAAAAAAAAAAAUUUAAAUGCAGGUGGAAGUUUAUUCUUCUUCAUCAUACCCUCCUACUCCUCGUAUCAUGUGCAGCAGAAAAGAAAAAAAAACGUUUUUAACUAACUCUUCUGGAAUUUGUAUGUUUUUUGUGUUUUCUUUAACCUCCGUUAUGUACUUUCAACCUAUUGCUACUGUUCACUUGUUGAGCAAAAAGGACUCUACAAUAAAAGCGUAUUCGGAUUAAAAACGGAAGAGGAAUCGCAGGCUGUAGUUUCUUGAUGAGAUGAACAAGAUUGUUAUCUUUUCUUUUUUUUUUUUUUCCUGCUCCUGCUCCUCAGUCCAGGUGAAGUGUAAGGUAUCCAUCCUCCAAAGGCUGCUUUUGUGCGCCUCUUUGAAUGGCAAAGACUGGGGGGUGGAUGGGAGGGGGAUCUAAAUCAGCCCAUUGUAAUCAAGAGCCAAAACCUUAUUUAUCACAAUUUUAAUCGUGAAUAGGAGGGAAGAUAAAACUUGUGUGGUACUCUGAGCUUUCUUUUCCCAUGCAGGAAGGAACAAAAAAAAAAA